GGAACAGCCGGCGUAAACAACGCGUUUUGGAUUGGAUUGCUAGGAAUAUAUCAACAAAAAUGAAGGAAACAGAUUUAAAACGUGCAUAUAACAAUGUUUUGGCUCAAGCUAUAUCAACGUCACAGAAGUUCCUGUUUGCUGGCAACCUGUUUGGCGACAUUUUUGUUCUAAGUUUAAAUGAAUUGAAUAAAACAAAUGAAGAGCCGCCGAAAAAGCUGAAGGUAUUUCCACAGGGUUGCGAUGUGGACAUCAACUGUCUUGCCUUUCAUCGCGAUUUUCUAAUCGUUGGCGCCAUUGGACUCAUUUAUGGAAUCCAGUGGAAUGAGGAAGAGGAAACAUUGAGCACAGAACGUGCCUGGGAGAUCAAAAUACCCAUGCAAGUGGAUGCAGUAGAGGUGCCAGAUGUCAACUCUUUUUGGCUAUGCACUGAAACGGAUUCCUUGUAUGCUGGCUGCGGCGACGGCGUCGUCUAUAAAAUCGAUCUGGAAGACGGACGAAUUCAGCGCGAAUAUCGCGGACACACGGACUAUGUGCACUGCGUUGUCGGCCACCCGGAUGGCCGGAUCUACUCGAGUGGUGAGGACGGCACUGUGCAUUUCUGGUCGGACAAACAAAAGGAGCCAACCGCAAUUUUAGAGCCGCACAAGAAUGCGCAACUACUGCGUCCAGAUUGGGGCAAAUGGAUUGGCGCUGUGUCCGUCAAUAAUGACUGGCUGGUCUGUGGUGGUGGUCCACGUCCAGCCAUCUGGCAUUUGCGCUCAAUGGAAUGCACACGCACAUUUGAUUACCCUGGUCGCGUCCAUGUCUGUGAGUUUGUAGAUGACUCAGUGCUCAUUGGUGGAGAGCACAAUCACGUGCAGUUCUAUACGCUCAAUGGAGCGUUGCAGGCCAACAUUCCUGUGGAGCACACAGCCAGCUAUUCGGCCGUGUGGCAAACGAAUCCCUUCAACUUCAUGUCCAUUGCCGGGUUCAGCAACAAGUUGCACAUACUGAAGGACUUUCGCUUUCUGGACAGUAAAAUUGAAAUGUACGGCAAUGUGCAGGGCGACGAGGUGGAGAACGAAGAGCAAGAUGAUAAUGAUGACGACGAUGAUGGCGAGGACGAUUCGUUUUAGCUAAAUACCUUGAACAUCUCUCUAAGUGUAUAAAU